CUUUCCCUGUCAGUUUCAAACAAACAGUGCUUCCUUCUUCCUUGCAGUCAGUGGAGGCCUAGUUUUCUCUCUAGAUUGAGGUUAACCGCCAUGGACGUGGCUGGCCAGCUCGUCUGCUGCGGGAUCGACCAUCUGCGCCACGCUCCGUCUCCUCCUCCUCGUCCGUCGCCGUCCGUCGUACGUAUUCGGAGGCGGACCGGCGUCGCCGUUCGCGCCGUCGCCACCGAGCCCAAGCCGGCCGGCACCGGGGCCUCCAGGUCGCCUCCGCAGAAGCUUGUGAAUGGAUCGCCGGGAUCGUCGCCCGCCAAGCCUGUCAAUGGCGUUUCGACGAGAAUGGAAGAUGUCUCAAAGGAGAUCAAAAGAGUCAGAGCACAAAUGGAAGAAAAUGAACAGUUGGCGACUCUUAUGAAGGGGCUUAGGGGUCAGAAUUUGAGGGAUUCCCAGUUUGCUGAUGACAAUAUUCAACUUCGCCUUGUUGAGGUUGAUGAAAGCAGUGAGUUUUUGCCUUUGGUGUAUGAUCCUGCUACCAUCUCUGCAUACUGGGGAAAGAGACCACGUGCUGUUGCAACUCGUAUUGUGCAGUUACUAUCUGUUGCUGGAGGUUUUCUUUCAAGUCUUCUCUGGGAUGUGAUAAACAAGAAGGUCAAAGAGAAUGAAGUCACUCGAGCAAUUGAGCUAAGGGAGAUUGUUACCUCUUUGGGUCCAGCAUACAUAAAACUUGGGCAAGCACUGAGUAUUCGACCGGAUAUACUGUCACCUGCCGCAAUGACUGAGCUGCAAAAGCUCUGCGACAAGGUUCCAUCAUUUCCAGAUGAUGUGGCUAUGGCUCUUAUAGAGGAGGAGCUUGGUCAGCCUUGGUAUAACAUCUAUUCUGAACUGACAUCUUCUCCAAUAGCUGCUGCAUCUCUUGGACAGGUUUAUAAGGGUCGGCUAAAAGAGAAUGGGGACUUGGUUGCUGUAAAAGUACAGAGGCCUUUUGUCCUCGAGACAGUAACAGUCGAUUUAUUUAUAAUAAGGAAUCUAGGGCUGGUUCUUCGGAAGUUUCCUCAGGUCUCUAUUGAUGUGGUUGGAUUGGUGGAUGAAUGGGCUUCCCGCUUUUUUGAGGAGCUUGAUUAUGUUACUGAGGGUGAAAAUGGAACACUCUUUGCUGAGAUGAUGAAAAAGGACCUUCCACAGGUUGUUAUACCAAAAACCUAUCAUAAAUAUACUUCAAGAAAGGUUCUCACUACACAAUGGAUAGAUGGGGAAAAGCUUUCACAAAGUACGGCAAGUGAUGUUGGGGAACUGGUCAAUGUGGGAGUCAUAUGUUACUUAAAACAGUUGCUUGAUACUGGUUUCUUCCAUGCUGAUCCUCAUCCAGGGAAUUUGAUCCGAACACGAGAUGGGAAGUUGGCUAUACUUGAUUUUGGCCUAGUUACGAAAUUAAAAGAUGAUCAGAAAUAUGGGAUGAUUGAAGCUAUCGCUCACCUCAUUCAUCGGGAUUAUGGAGCUAUAGUCAAAGAUUUUGUCAAACUCGAUUUCAUUCCAGAAGGGGUUAAUUUGGAUCCUAUCUUGCCUGUUCUGGCCAAGGUAUUUGAUCAGGCACUCGAAGGCGGGGGAGCAAAAAAUAUCAACUUUCAGGAGCUGGCAUCAGACUUGGCUCAAAUAACAUUUGACUAUCCAUUUAGGAUACCACCUUAUUUUGCGCUUAUAAUUAGAGCAAUAGGGGUGCUAGAAGGCAUAGCAUUGGUGGGGAACCCAGACUUUGCAAUUGUAGAUGAAGCUUAUCCAUAUAUUGCACAGAGGCUCCUGACUGAUGAAUCCCCACGUCUAAGGAAUGCUCUUCGCUACACAAUAUAUGGGAAAUCUGGAGUUUUUGAUGCUGAAAGGUUCAUAGAUGUCAUGCAAGCCUUUGAGAAUUUCAUAACUGCAGCCAAAAGUGGCGGUGGUGAGGAUCUGAAUGGGAAUAUGGCUGAGCUGGGAAUUCUGCAUGGUCAAAGUGGUUUUGUCUAUCCUGGAUUUCCAUUUAGUUCAACUCAAACUGAGCAGCCAGUUCAAACAAGAGCUGCCUUAGCAUUUCUGUUGUCAGACAAGGGGAACUUUUUCCGUGAGUUUCUUUUGGAUGAGAUUGUGAAGGGUAUUGAUGCAGUUACGAGGGAACAGUUGGUAAGAAUAAUGGCAGUCCUUGGAAUUGGAAAUGCUACCCCAGUUUUCAGCAUGGUUCCUGCUUUGGGACCUAUUAGGCCUGCAGGUCUUCUACCUACGAUAACUGAGGAGGACAAAGUUAUACUAAACAAUGUUCAGAAAAUUAUCGAAUUCUUGACUGCAGGGAGCUCAGCAUCAGAGUCAUUAAAUCAGGACACUGAUAUGACUCGGGUGGUCCAAGAACUUCUCCCGCUGUUGCCGGGCCUCUCCGCGACAGUGCUUCCCGAGGUGCUCAGUCGGUUAUCUUCCCGAGUGUUGGCACGCCUAAUCCGAGAUACAUUUUUACGUUGACACCGUAGGCUUGCUGCCUAAAGCUCGCCCCGCUGCAGAAACUGUACAUAUCUUGUUUCAGUGGUAUAUUACGCAAAUGAUGAUGAUUGCUCCAUGAACUUUCUUAUCUGGUUCAUGGGGUUGGCGCGUUUGUAUAAUACCAUUCUACCUGAGGCUGAUGAAAAUGUGUAGUUUCGAAGAGGACAGAACAGAACAGAAAGCUAACAAAGAUUUUCUCUGGUUCUUCCCA